ACCGGGAGCCGAUGGUUCCGCUUGUGUUCUCGAUUCGUUCGCUUUAAGUGCGUUUACUUUAAGGUUCCAUCCCUUAAUUGGCGCUAACGCGCGGGGAUUAGCGUCAGAAGUGUAGGUUUAACUUGCUAACUGCUUUCGCGCUAACGGGCACGUUUCAACUGCCGCAACUGCGGUGACGCAACUGAGGUCACACAAUAAACGGCAACACGUCGCUGAGGUGCUUUAACCUCUGGUAACUUUCCGAUGGGGGGACGCCAGAAAAAAAACCCGUCAGCGACGGUCUGCGCCAAACUUGUAGGUUAGCGGAUUCCGCUCGAUCCGCACCGGUCCAUUAUCAUGUAAACCACUCCUCGAAUCAUUCAGUGGCUGGGUGGUAUCUCACUUUGUGUUGCGACAAAAAGCCAUAUUGCAUCAUUUAAUUUGCUCAAGUCAUGCAAAUAAGCGGGGGGGAACGUGAAUGGGACGAACUCGACUUCUCCUCCUCCCCACUACACUGCCCACACACGGAGCCCUUUCUGAUUAUGGCAAAAGAAUAACAACAACACCAUUGUGUUUGUUGGUUUCGCUAAUGGGAGAAGCUGGAGAACAUCACUCUCCCCCAGUCAUCAGCCCUGUCCAAGUGUUAACUCUAAUGCCUUUGAGAGGGUGUGUGUUCUCUACUGGGUCCCUCUGCCAACGAACUUACACCUAUUCCCUCAGGACAAGUGUUUUGUUUCCCCCCGUUCCAUUCUCUCAAAGCAUGAGCGCUUGCAAACCAUCAUAGAUUUAUUGCAUUUGAAAGACAACUUUAUCUUCCGUUGUGUGAUGUUGUGUAUACUUUGGUUCUGGCAGUCAUUAAUGCGGACGUGAGAGCCGUCGUCCCCCGUGAGGCACAAAACACAUAUCUGAAAUCGACUGAGAAUCGGUUCCCGAUCAUCUCAUUUUGAAGCCCGGUGCUUCCAGUUGUGAAUUAGACCCUGACCCGCUUUAGCGCGUUCGUCCUCAGCGAGGUGUAACUGCUGAGCUUCGCUGUCGUUUCCCACCCAGCCUUUGAGCAACGCGCACGCUGAGGAUUCAGCAAACGACGACCAACAAAGAUCCACUUGUUCUGGUUUGGAUGAUGGCAACAUUGGAGCCCGUCCCAGCAACAUAUGGACUCAGGGCAUGGCUGAGAGCACACAAAUGCUACUCUCCACGGACCUUGUGCCAGCCCAUGGCACACGGAUUCAAUGGAUUUUCUCCACCAACAACACCGAAUGUGGACAUCUUCUGGAAGAGAUCAAAUGUGCUCGCUGCUCCCCCAAUGCCCAGGUGUUGUUCCACUCCUUGGACAUGGAUAAGAUGCCACACAGGGAGCCCGAUCUGCCGCGGCUCUGCCAGGACUUCUGCCGCGAGUUCUACUACACCUGCAGGGGGCACAUACCAGAACUAUUCCAAGCUGAUGUGGAUGAAUUCUGCCAAUAUUAUGGGAGGAGAGACAGCAGUUUAUGCUUUCCAGAUUUCCAGCGAAAGAAACCACAAACACAAGACUCUAACUACCUGGGAGAUGUGGACAUAGAAAGUAUCAGCAGGAAACACAAACACAACUGCUACUGUGCCCAGGAGGUGUUGAGUGGUCUCAGGCAGCCGGUGGCCGUAGUGCACUGUGGGGAUGGAUCCCAGCGGCUCUUUGUCUUAGAGAGGGAAGGAAUUGUGAGAAUACUCAACCAUGAUCUGGAGUUAAUCAAAGAACCCUUUCUGGACAUCCACAAGUUGGUGCAAAGUGGCCUGAAGGGCGGAGAUGAAAGGGGUCUGCUAAGCUUGGCAUUCCACCCCAAUUACAAAAAGAAUGGCAAGCUCUAUGUCUCCUACACCACCAACCAGGAGCGCUGGGCCAUCGGACCACAUGACCAUAUUCUCCGUGUGGUUGAAUACACCAUUUCGAGAAAAAACCCAAACCAGGUAGACACCAGGACAGUUCGAGUGCUAAUGGAAGUGGCUGAGUUGCACAGGAAGCACCUUGGAGGCCAGCUGCUCUUCGGACCUGAUGGUCUGUUGCAUAUUGUUCUGGGAGAUGGGAUGAUCACCCUGGAUGACAUGGAAGAAAUGGAUGGACUCAGUGAUUUCACAGGGUCUGUUUUAAGGGUGGAUGUGGACACAGACUGUUGUACAUCACCUUAUUCCAUUCCACGGGAUAACCCUUACUUCAACAGCACCAACCAGCCACCUGAAAUCUUUGCCCAUGGAAUACAUGACCCAGGCAGGUGCGCAUUGGACCGACUCCAGAGGGACAAUGGAAGCCUCUUAAUGUUGUGUACAGAUGCUAGUGGCAAAAAUACAUCAGCAGGAAGAAUACUGGAAAUUACAAAGGGGAAAGACUAUGAAAAUGAGCCCUCUGUCUAUGACCUGCAGUCCACUGGAGGGGCACCGCUUGUGGGAGGCUUCAUCUACAGAGGCUGCCAGUCGAGGAGACUGUAUGACAGUUAUGUGUUUGGGGAUAGAAAUGGUAACCUGCGGAUCCUCCAGAAGUCUACAAUGUCAGCAUCAACAAGUGAUGAACAGUGGCAGGAAAAACCUUUGUGUCUGGGCUCCGCUAGCUCUUGUGGCUCUACGCUUGUAGGACAUAUCCUGGGUUUUGGAGAGGAUGAACUAGGUGAAGUGUAUAUUUUGGCAAGCAGUAAAAGCAUGGUUCAGUCACAUAGUGGGAAACUCUACAAGCUGGUGGACCCCAAAAGACCUCAUGCUCCCAAGGAAUGCCAGCGUCAGGUGGAGCCUCCAGAGCUGCUGAUGACAGCUUGUUCCCGACACUGUAAGAACGGACACUGCACUCCCAUUGGCAAGUGCUGCUGCAGCCCCGGCUGGGAGGGCCCUUUCUGUCGUGUUGCCAAAUGUGAACCAGCCUGCCGCAAUGGAGGAGUGUGCAUGGAACCCAACAAGUGCCUGUGUAAGAGUGGCUACUCUGGUGGCCAGUGUGAGAAAAGCGAGCGGGGAAUGCCCAACGAUCAGGAAAAGGACGGCAUCCUGGACCACAUCAUUGACAUGACCUCGUAUCUCCUGGACCUGAGCAGCUACAUCGUAUAGGGGUACGCAGAGGGGGCUGCUCCCCACUGGCGUCCUCAAGUUGACACAAGUCUACCUACCACCACCAGCAGACUCUAACAAGGUCCACGAUGUGGUCACUUUAUCUCUGUCAUACCCACACAAGAAUGUACACAUACACACAGAUACACAUGCAGGAGCCCUGUUAGACUGCUUGUAACCCACAUCACCAAACUCUUCCUGUUUCGCCUAUAAGCUACUUGCUCUUGAGCAUCAGGCCUGGCAUCCAAGCCGUGUUCACAUUUCAGAGAGACCUGCAUACAGCAGAAAGAUGAUUGACAAGCAUUGCCAAGUUAUGGAAGCUCCACUAAGACAUUUUCCACCCCAUUCAGAAAAUGCUCACCCUCUACAGGAACAGGAACUUCACAGGAACAGACCAUUUUUACCUCUGGAUCUUUUCAGGGGUGAUCUGUUGCCCUAUUAAGACCCCUGAAAUAUGGAGUGAGGCAUUUCAGCAGAGACGGGUGAUUUUUCAGAUGUUCUCCUAGGAUUCAAAAAUGUGAGGAGUGAUGUGACUGAAGAUCCAAGUUGUGUUCAUGGCUAAUUUAAAACCCAGCCAAAUAAACAUGUACAUACAGUACACAGGCUUUGACGGGACCCUGCGCCCCAGCUUCAGCUUCAGAACACAGAGGUCGUGGGUCACAAAGAGCCCACAGUGCUUUGUGCUACUUUUUUCUUAUGGCCCUAGAAAUAAUCUGUGUUUUCUCACUUACAGUAGCAUGUUGUAUAUCAGUUUGCAGGCGCAUUGUCAUAGUAUGCAGCAUGUAUACUUUGUGUUGCUACACUGUUGUGCUGUCAGUGUACAGAAUGGAUCUACAACAGAGGAUACUGUCAUCGACUCAGUGAGAGCAAUGUACAUCCAUCACAGCCAGUUUUAUAUCUAAAUGAUGUUAUUGGCUCCCAUGCACUGUAUUGAUUUCUAAUUUUGUUCACUAUUAUUCAAAAUGAACACACUCGUUCAUUAAAAGGGCAAUGAGUGGUUUCACAUUCACAGACUCGCAUGAACACACGUAUGGUCUAACAAACUCCUUUCAUUUUGUCAGACACUGAAGUUGAACCUGAACUCAAAACUACAAAGGGAAGAUAUAGAGCAGUGAUGUACAUUUCCAGUAGAGCUUACAUGAGUACUACUUAGCAUUGCAAAAACUAUAGCAUUACUAUUGUUAUCAUAGAGGAGGUUUUAUUUUUUUAAGCUUAAUAAUAUAUGGGAGAAAAUGGUGUUUAUAGAAAGCAGUUUUACACUAAGCUUGUCAGUUUAUGCCAUUUCAUGUUUGUGUACUUAUCCAUACGCAGCUUUUAAGAAAGAUUUAAAGACACAUUUCUUUCUAUUAUGUUUUUUCAACCCCACGGUAAAGUAUUGCAUGUCUGUGCCUGCAUGGAGUAAUUCGGAGCAGUUGGCGUCCAUCUAAUUCUUUACCCUCACAUGUGGUUUCAUUACCACUGUCUGAAAUGUGUGUCUGUCUUGAGAUGAUCAAAGAUCCCGUGGGGCCACCAAGUCACUGUGGCAGCAGCUCACAGUCAGAUAGAUCUUAUCUGCCGAGACCAGUUUGAACAUUAACCUGAGGAUCUGUGUAAUGAAGAUACGUUUAAAAAGAAAAUGUCUAGAUGGAACGUGCUUCAAUUAGCAGCUGAUGCCUAUAUGUCAAAAAGCCAGUUCCACAGACUAUUGUCUGGAGCUGUGUCUCUUCAUGUGUCAGACAGCAUGCACACAUGCACGCUCCUGUGCUUCCAAGAGCUCUACAUCUGAUUUGUCAUUGAAUUUUAUCACAGCCACCAGUUACGUUUAAUGUGUCAAAGACAAACUGUUGUAAUUUUGCUGUUUCCCCAACUUUUAAUUUCAAUGGCAAGUUUCUAAAUGUCAUGGUUAAUUGAAGUUCAGUCCAUAAAAGAAAUGCAUGUUGUUCAUCUCCCGCCUCACUUGUGUUUGCUAAAACAAAUCAACUCUACCUGGUCUAGAUGAAUCAAAACGGAAUUCAUGCUGUAAAAUGGAAAAUUAUCAUUUUUUUAGCACUUAAUGUGAAGUUGCAUCAUAGCUGCUGAGAUGACGUGGUGUGAAUAGAAUAACCAUUUUCAUUAUUUAAGUAGUUACACAAAUAAAAUAAUUAUUUAAGUUCUCUGUUGUUUCUACCAUUGUACUGUAUGUGACAUUUUUUUUAUUCCUGUAUUGUAAAUAAAAGUAGGGAUAACUCUGUUUCUCCUCAGAAAUAUCAAUAUGUCUAUUAAAAUCUAUAGCAUGUGUGAAA